UUUAGUGCAUUUUGGCAUGGACGAAACCGCGGCGGUCGAUUCCUCUGCCAAAAAGAGGCGAGCCAAUGGAUUGGCGGGCUAGCCGGUUCAAUCCAAACACGCCCGCAUCAAAAACGUAACCGCCGCCAGCUCCGUCUACGACCCCGCGCCGGCGUUGCUCUUGCUGCACCGCCUGCACGCCAACGCCAACCGCCAUGGCCUCCUCCGAGUCCCGCAAGCCCGCAGCCUCGCGCCCACCGCCCCGCGACUUCCUCGCCCACCUCGAGGCCUACCUCGCCCGCCGCGAUGGCGUCGACAAGCUCCUGAAGAUCUCCCGCUACGCCGCCCGCCUCGCGCUCGCUGCUGGACCGCCGCUACCCCCUGCGGCCUCCGCCCGUCUCAAGUCCUUCGAGUCCAGCGUCGGCCUCAGCCGCAAGGCCUUCCGCCUCGCCAAGUUCGUGCAGUCCCUCAACGCCCUCCGCGCGCACCCCCGCCUGCCCCCGCCACUCGCGCUCCUCGCAUACGGAGGCGAGGGUGUCUACUACUUCGUCGAGCAGUUCGUCUGGCUCGCCAAGGCCGGGCUCCUGCCCGCGCACCUCCUCCCCCGCCUCCAGCGCCUCAGCGCAUGGGCCGACCUGCUGGGCUUCGUCGGCUCCAUCACGAUUAAGCUGGAAGAGGUGGCGAGGAUGGAAUCGUCCAUCAAGAAGCUGCUGGCGGAGGGCUGCGGGGAGGAGAGCGAGGCGGUGAUGACGAUGCGGGACAAGCUGCUGCUGAAGCGGAUGUCGAUGGUGCAGGGCGUGGCGGACGCGGUCAUGGCUCUAGGGGACGUCACCGAUGGGAAGGGAUUGCUCGGGAGCUCCACGCUGAUGGCGUCGGCAGGCUUGCUCUCAGCGUUGAUCAGCACGCACAAGAACUGGAAUUCUUGCUGAAGCCUGAAGAUAUAUGUUACAGAUAGGACAUGCUAUGAUAAAAUAAAGCUCUGAUUGGAGCGAGAAUUAAGGGUUGCCUCUGGAAAUCCUGAUGCUCCCAAAGCUGGUGCUGGUACGCUGGGGACUGAAUUGAGUUCAUGCUGGUACAUUUGGGUGGAGCGCAGAAUUUCAGUGAUUUCAGCCGUCGUGAUCAUUCAAUUUUUUCUUAUGCUUCUUAAACGUGUAUGUAUGUGCUGUGCAUGAUCGAUUUAACUAGAUGACAAUAUCAACAAAUAUGCUUGUUUUUA